AUGUCUUCCAAGCCCGUCAAGAAAGUGCACUACACUUCUUCCACCAAAGGAUCUUCAGUCCACGGCGGAACUCCCUCAUCACCACCCAUUACAUCUAAACCCACAUCCACACCCCGUCGUCCCUCAUUCUCUCACCAACGUCACCCCUCUGAUUCUGGAGUUGGUUCCUCUUCUUCCAAUUCUGCUACUGCGUCAGUAAAUUCGGCAUCUUUCUAUACCGACGCCGACCGCGCAGAGCAGAGACAAAAUAUCCAUGCCCUCAAUGAAGUACUCAGUACACUCAAAGAACGCGUCAAAUCUCUCGAAUCGAAGAAUCGCACUCUAGAAGAAACAUUAGUAGAAAGCAACCGGGAGAAACGAGAGCUCCGUCGUGAAAGGGAUGAUUCUCUCCGUAUAAUUGAAGAUUUGAAAAAAGAGAAAUCUCGAGCCAAAGAUGGACGAGAGGCGAAAGAGAGUGAUGGGAUCCGAGUCCGUGGAUCCGAUGUCAAUGUUAAGAUUACACCUGAGAAGAAAGAAAGAGGAGAAAGAAUUCCAGUGACAGUGGAGAGAAACACACCACCGAUGACACGCCGCGAAAAAGAACGCGAUUCGGAAGCUAGGAGGAAAGAAGAAGAAAGACUUCGAGCGCAACAUCAGGCGAGAGAGCGGAGAACAAGCUAUAGAGAUGCGCCUUCUUCGCCACUUUAUCGCGACGAUGAAAGGGAUGUUAAUCCUAUGAGUCCCGGCUCUCGAUUCAGAGACGAAGAUCUUCCUUCUCGCGAAAAACGUAACUCGGGUUCUCCGCCCACGGCUAAAAUGCAAAAUCCAUUUACACCAUUGAGUUCCAUGGCAGCGAACGCAGUUCCGGGACGUGCAAGAAGAGCAAGUGUUAGUUAUGGUACUUCCCCAAGUGGAUAUACGAGUGCGCCACAAGGAUAUCCGGGGAUGACGAUGGGGAGUAGCUAUGCGAGGAGGGAAAGAGAUGAGGUGCCUUAUGUUAGAGGAGAGGUACCGGUCAAUGUUAACGUUGGGGUUGCGGGAACGAGAGGAUCGAGGUUGAGUGGUGGGAGUGUAGGGAGUGCGAAUGAUGAUAUGUAUCCUAAUGAUGGGAAGUAUCAUCCUUAUCCUUUGAAUCAUUGA